AUGGGCUGCUCUGGAGGUUCUGGGGGCUGCGUGUCUGGCUGUGGAGGCUGCGGUGGAGGCUGUGGAUCUGGGUGCUGCAUGCCCACGUGCUGCACGACCUGCUGUGUGCCAGUGUGCUGCAGCUCUGGUUGCGGCAAAGGAGGCUGUGGAUCCUGCGGAGGCUCCAAAGGAGGCUGUGGUUCGUGCGGAGGCUGUGGAUCCUGUGGAGGCACUAAAGGAGGCUGUGGAUCUUGCGGAGGCAGCAAAGGAGGUUGUGGAUCUUGUGGAGGCAGCAAAGGAGGCUGUGGAUCCUGCGGAGGCUCUAAAGGAGGCUGUGGUUCGUGUGGAGGCUGUGGAUCCUGCGGAGGCUCCAAAGGAGGCUGUGGUACAUGCGGAGGCUGUGGUUCUUGCUGCCAGUCCUGCUGCUUUGCACCCUGCUGUUCCCAGACCAGCUGCUGUGUGCCCUGCUGUGUGCCCUCCUGCUGCCCGCCCAGCUGCUCUGUGCCCUGCUGCUGCCAGGCCAGCUGCUGUAAGCCCCCCUGCUGCCAGGCUGGCUGCUGCGUGCCCUGCUGCUGCCAGUCCAGCUGCUGUAAGCCCCCCUGCUGCCAGUCCGACUGCUGUGUGCCCUGCUGUAAGCCCCCCUGCUGUGCCCAGGCCAGCUGCAAUCACCCCCUCUGCUGCCAGUGUAAGAUCUAA